AUGACGGGCACCUUGUGGGCGUGCCUGCGAGGAGCCCGCCGUGCUAGUCCAGGCGGACACCAUCGAGGAGCCUGCCGCGCUGCUCCAGGCGGACACCACCGAGGAGCCUGCCGACUGGUCCAGGCGGACACCGCCGAGGAGCCCGCCGAACCGAGCUGGGGGCCCAGGGCGGCCGAGGUCGCGGAGAGCAGGGUCCUCACCAGCCAGAGCCGCCUCGUCGUCGAGCAGCUCUUCUUCAGGCUGUUCGCGCGUAGCCGCGUGAUGAGCGUCUCGGUGCGUGCGAAUGGCGAGCCGACGAUCGGGCUCCCCAACGUCGGCGCGAGCUUGGAUGACGUCGCUCUCCAGAGCGAGGCCGAGGGCAUUGCCCUCGAGUCCGUGCGCGACUUCAUGGGGAGCGCCCGUUUCUGGCAGGCCUACUCCUUGAAGGGCGCGUACCUCUUCCGGGUGGAUGGCGUGGUCGGCGACCCCUGA